UGACCGCUCUCAGGUUCCUCUCUGUCUGUAGUAAGUGUCACUUAUAAUCGGUCAACAUAUAUCGGUGUUAAGGUACUCAAUGGAAACUUGGGCUGGUUUCUGUACCAGAUGUAUCAUCAACAAUAUUGUUUUCCACUUUACUGGAGAUACUCAUAAAAAUUCUUCAGUAAUCAAAGUGAAUAGCGAGAACUUGUUGGCAAAUGGAGAGCUGUACUUUCUGUGCAAUUUCAAAGCAUGGAGAAGUCUUCUGGUUUGCUCUACGAAUUGCACAAGUAUUCUGCAACAUUUCGCACACACACAUGGUGCGACGAAAGGCAACAUAGACGAGGAUGUGGCUGAAGAACAGAUCUUUGAACAGUUAAUGAUAAAGAGCAGUAGUUGGCCAGUAAGGAUACAAAGAUGCUUGUUGCGAAAGGAAAGAGUCUGUCUGUUCCUAAAUCGAGGAGAUAUCAUUUCAAAUAGCAUAAGAAUAGCCAUAGAGUAUGGUAAGACAUUUGGAAAGGCUGAACCUACUGAUAAAGCAUUUACAUUAAAGUAUCAGCCUGAUGGACAAUCAGACCUUACUACUCAAAGGUUGUGUCUAAUGAUGGACAUUGCUGCAAAGAUGUUGUGUCUGCACGGGCAUACAUUAUCAACUGGGGACAAUUGUAGCAAAUAUAUGUUUACUAGCAAAUCAGAGGGACUGGUUGACAAGGGGUAUGAGAAAUAUGUCUGUGGCGUUGUGAAGAAUUCCCAAUCAAAUUCAAAAGAAACAAGUCUUACGUGGGAGCAGUAUAUAAAAUAUAAAAUGGAUCAAUUGGCUGAACUAAGCAUUCAUAAAUUUAUUGAGAAAAACAAUGUAAAAGAUUGUUUCCUGCGCAAUUUAGCCAGUGCUAUUGCAAUUUUUGAAUUAAUAUCUGUGAAACCAAGUCGAUCAGUUAUUAUUGAGAAUAAUAAUUUAGAAAAUGAUAGAAGCAUUACAAAUACCAAAGGUGCAUCAUUUGUAUUGUAUAAUACUGCCAGGAUAGCAACAAUUUUAACAAAACAUAAUGAGAAGGUAUCAUGUGGAGAUUAUCCUAGUUUGCCAGAUAUAAAAAAUGUAGAUUUCUCACAGUUGCAAGAAGAAGAAGAAUGGGAGCUUAUAUAUAAUUUUAUUUUUGGAUAUCCGGAAAUGAUAAAUAAUUGCUUAAAGUGUGAACCAGGUUUUCAUAUUGAUCCACAAGUCAUAUGCCUGUUUUUAUCACGAUUAUGCCAAAAAUUCAGUGUCUACUAUCGAAAAGUCAAAAUUUUAACAGAAGGAGGUGAUCACUUGAUUCCCAAGAGAGUUGCAAGAUUGUACAUGUUGCGUGCACUACAGAUUGUAUUUGAGAACGCUCUAGACAUUUUAGGCAUCAAGCCAGUAUCGCGAAUGUAAAAUUGUUUUGUGAAAAAGAAACUCGAAUUUAUAUUUAGCUUAAUAUAAAUAAAGUUGUUAUAUUUCUAUGUUUAUAAAA